AUGAGCAAGUUCUACUUUGGCGGGGGCUCAGGGAGUAUGUCCUCAGACGACGACGAGGACAACCUCCCUUAUCCCGAAGCCCUUCCACGGAGCGACUUCCUGGCCCUGGAUUUCGAUGCAUCGACAUAUCUCUCUACGCUCUCAGACCGCCAUCAGACACUCGAGGAUCUCCGCUCAGAUCUACGGGAAAGAUCCCAAGCGCUGUCGAAAGAGCUGCUGGAUCUGGUCAAUUCUAAUUAUGAGCAAUUCUUGAGUCUGGGCUCCGAUCUUAUGGGUGGCGAGGAGAAGGUCGAGGAUGUGAGGGUGGGGUUGCUUGGGUUUAAGAGGGGGCUGGAGGAUGUGAGGGGCAAGGUGAAGGAGAGAAAGGUGGGCGUUGAAGGGUUGCUCGACGAGAAGAUGCUUGUCGGGAGACAAAUCGCCUUGGGCCGGAAGCUACUCGAGGUCGAUGCCCGUUUGGAAGAAUUGGAGGACAGGCUCAUGGUUUCGUCGCUUGGUCGGACGGUCAAUGGAGGAGACGACGACCCGUGGACCGACAGCGAGGACGAGGACGAGGAUGACGAUGAUCUGGCAUCUGAUGCUGGGGCCGGCGGGACAAGUGCCCGGAAACUUCAACGGCUCGUGACUGACUGUUGUCAUGUUGAGCGUUUAUCGGCCAGCGUAGGGAAAGAUCAUCCUUUCAUACUAGCACAACAAUCCAGGAUGCUACGAGUGAGAAAUACCAUUCUCCUGGACCUCAAUACAUCAUUAAAACAGGCCGUGUCGUCAGGCGAGGAGUCACAGGCCAGGCUUGUUAAGAUACUCGGUAUCUACGGAGAACUAGGGGCAGUGGCUGACGCAGUCAAAGUCUUGAAAGACCUAAAAUCAGAAUAG